AUUAUUCCACUGUCUGAGAACGUGUAUACAAGUUAGGCUUACGUACACUGAUUUUAGUUUAAGACUUCUUCACCUGCUUCGUUUUCCAUUCGACAUUUGAGCUUUGUUGCAUCUCAGCAACAAGAGCGUAGAAAUUCAUGACCGAUACGACUGCUUACACUUUAUAGUAUUGCUCUAGAUUUGUCCAUGCUGUGUGGAGGACUGGCAUAACUGGGUCGUGGCACAGUUGGGUCGGAACCGCUACUGCACAACCCGGCCUACGCUUGAACAGUGCCCAGUUAAUCUGAUUAGCCUACUAUACCAUCGAGCUAUCCAUUUCCAAAUAGUUAUUGUAACGUAUAGCAGGACAUUUCUCUGGCGCGUAUCUCGUGUACUUCUCAAACUAGGCGUCGCGGCUGGCCAUCCCCGUAAGCGCACUGGGUCACAGAGGACUUUAGACCGAUGAGUAGACGACACCACGAUUAUUGCGAUGACUCAGACAGCGACUCCGAUCAUCACCGUUCGGGUCGGUCGUCACGCUCUGCAUGGCGGAAGCGCGGAAGCGACUAUGGUAGAAGUCGCAAGGAGGCCAGCCGGCCAUGGUCUCAAGAAGAAUCAGAGUGGCUAAUCCAAGUGGUUUCGACUACAAGCUCAAACCUCGACAACAUUAAUUGGCAAGAUGUCGCCAAGCAAGUGCCUGGUCGCACUGGCAAGCAGUGCCGCGAAAAAUGGAAAAAUGAUUUGCGGCCAAACAUCUGCAAGGAUCCUUGGUCACUGAAAGAGGAGUAUGUACUGGCGCUGGCGCACAGCAUUCAUGGCAACAGGUGGUCCGAGGUGGCCAAGUAUCUACCUACGCGACCCGAGAAUACCAUCAAGAACCGCUGGUACGCCACAAACCGCGCCAAGGCCGAGGUCAAGGUGCGUACCUUCCUCUGGCUCUACGCGGAUCUCAUUGACCGCCAGUCGUACGUGGCGGGCUCCGAUGCCAUUGACAAGGCACGAGAGUUGUACCGCCAACUACCCGACGUCGUACCGCUGGAGGAUUUCGAGGUGCCCGUCGACUUUUACAUCGCGCAAUCAGCUGUCGACGGCACCUGUACGGCAACGCUCGACACAAGGCCCGAGAUCAAGAUCAUCGGUCGCGGCAAGGCCAAGCCCCAUCCCGCCGCCGCUGCGGCAGCCAACUCCGGCGGCGCACCGGACUGCGCAGCUGACGCCGUUGUGCCAGCGGCGGCGGUCGUACGUACUGGCGCCAGAGCGGCGCGCGGUACGGCAGCGGUCCCCGUUGCCGCAACAACGGCUGCGGAGGGCGGCAGCGGCUCCGCCAGCGGCGGCGGCGCUGCCUCCGCCGCUGCCGCGGGCGGCGCCGGCGGCGGCCACCCUGACGGCGACGCCAACUGCUACGUCAAAGUCGGUGGCAUUGCGCUCGAGGUGCCCGCUGCGGGCCCGGCCAAGACUCCAAGCGCGCGUAAGCGUAAGGCCUCCGAAACCAUCGCUAGCGCCAGCGGAACAACCAGUGCUUCCGACGGCAGCGGCGGCGGCGCCGUCGCCGCCACCGAAAGCAUUGCGGCCACCGCCGCCGCCGUCCCUUGGUCUUCCUCUCCGGUUCGGAAGCACGUCAAGUUGGAGCCAGUUGCGGAGGAAGGUGCGGCUGUUGGGGUUGUAUCAGAAGGCGGAGACGGAGGUGGCGCAGCCAGGGGUGCAGCGCUGGCGGCCGCCGCCGCCGCAGCCAUGGUGAACUGCUCCUUGGCUCCGACGACGGCGGCGCCGCUAGCGGCGGAUGCAGUGAUGCCGCCAGUGGCGGUGCUAGCUGAGAGUGGGUGUGGCGGCGGCGACGACGUUGACGGCGGUCCACAAUUCGAUGGAGCUGACGGUGGCGGUGUCCCCGUCGUUAGGGAACCGCCGGCUAGCAUCGCUAUGCUCUGGCCGGCACCCUAUGAGCAGUACGGGACCGGCGAUGAGCAGGGCAUGGCAAAAGUAUCUAACGGCCGCAUCAGCAACGGCCUCCGCGCCGGCAGCAGCGGUGAAAGCAACAUGACCGUCGCCGGCGGAGGCAUCCUUGAAGUGUACGGCAUCCUUUCCGGCGGACCCGACUCUGUGCCGUCGCCGAUAAUUACACGUCCCGGCGGCGGCGGCGGCUCCGACGGAGGCGCCUCCGUCGCCGUCGCCGCGGCGGCGGCGGUCGCCGCCGCUGCUGAGCUGGCGGCGCAUCAGCAAGACGGCGGGCUGUCUCUGGCGGGGUACUUUGGAAGGGAGUACGGCAGUUGCGGCGGCGGCGAUGGUACGGAUUACCUGUCGAUGGCGGACGCCAUGGACCUGGCGACGUUUAUUGAGGCCCAGGAGACCGCUGCAGAGGUAGCGGCAGAUUGCGCCCAAGAGGCUAUGGCAGGACUAGCAGCUGACGUCCUAUUACACCACCAGCAACCGCCCCAGCAGUCCCUGCAAGAUUCCUCCUCCGCCUCCCAGUCGCGCCAGCAGCACCCCCUCUCUCCUGGCCCGCCUCCUCCUCAGCCUCUUCAGCGCACCCUGCAAGCCCUGCAACGACACCACCAACACAACCCCCAGCUGCAACACCACCUUCAACAGCUCCAGCAGCACAGCAACAGCGACACCGGCAACAACAACAACAACGGUAACAACAACAACACCAACCAACAGCAUGCCUAUGUGGACGUCAAGCAAGAGCCGCUGGAUCCUCUAGACUCACUGCAAGCCUCAUUGCAGCCCAAGCAGCAGCAUCCCCAGCAGCAGCAAGACAUGCUGCUACCUCCCCACAUGCACCCCUAUCACCACCAACACCACCACCUCCAAUCCUACGAAGUACACGCGCUAAACACAAGUGCUGGUGGCAGCUACUGCGGCGACUACUAUCUGAGCCACAUGCCGCAGCUGCAACACCCGCAGGCUCCCAGCAUGGCCCCCCGGCCACAGCAGGACGCAAGCAACGGUUUGGCCCCGCCUCCGAUGGGAGGCACAUCUGGGGCCUUAUGCUCUCUCCCGCAGACCGAUAAUGGCAAUGGCCAGCAGCCGCAGCAGCAACAACAACAGCAGCAGCAGUUCUUGCAACAUCCGCAGCAGCAGCAACAGCGGCUGACAGCAACAGCGGCAUCGGUGGCGGCCCAGCAGGAGUCCUCCCUGCCCUCGCAGCCCCAGCACCACCAGCAACCGCACCAGAUAUACUCCAGCCUGUACGGAUCCCCGGGGGGUUGCUACCCGCCGCCUCUCCCCCAUCACCUCACCCACCCACAUGCCGCCGCCACUACCACAGCACAACAGCAACAACAGCAGGCACUGGGGCGGGGGGGCCUCACGUCACCAUCAGGCCCAUCUGGGCCAGCCGCCGCUUCCUUGUACGGCAUGCCGCCUCCGCCGCCGUACUCCGGAGCUCCGCCGGGAGCACCGUACGGCAUGACCGUACCGCCGCCUUCGUACAUGGUGCCUCCGAUGCACGUUCGCGGCGGCUAUUACAAGAUGCCUACGGGCAGGCCGAGUGUCGCAGCACGCCACGGCAUGAUGCCGUACCCACCACCUCCGUAUGGCAUGCCGGUCUACUCGUACCCCAUGCCCGCCAGCUACAUGGACCCCACAGCACGGCAACCACCCCAGCAACCGCAGCAACAUCCGUUAGACGCGGUUGUUGUUACGGGAGCCCCCAAUGCAGGCAACGUCGUUGGUACGACAACCUCUGGUUGCAACAACGGUCAACAACUCGUGACAACCGGCGAGCCAAGCACCCCCGUUAAGUCCGCCCACGCAAACAACAACCUCUCCCAGCACCACCAAGCCCACAGCGGGUACCCGUACCAGCAGCAGCAACACAUGCAGCAGCAUGCAUAUCAGAUGCAUGGCGCAAUGGGUAUGGCGGCAUCUGAGGGUGGCUUCCCGUAUGAUCAGGGCAUGGGUUUAGGCAGUGGAGGCAGUGGCAGUGGCAGUUCAGGCGGCGCAGUGGAGGACGAUGACACGCUCAUGGGAUUGGGACUCGGAAUGGGUCUUGGAUUGGAUAGAUUGUACGGCGGCUCUUUUGUGCGGUCGGCCUCUGCUACAAUCUCUGCAGGCGGCGCGAUUUGAUAGCAGUAGCUUUGGUAUUGUUCCAAAGUAAGCGCAUGAUAAUGAGUCAGGCGCAUAAAGGUUACAAGGUUUAGGCGCGGCAUGAAUGGUAGCGGCAACAGUGGUGCAGCCAUUGCAUUGUUGACAUGUUAAGAUUGGAUUAAGCGGACAAUCUAGGGUUUUAGUGGUUUUAUAGGCUGCGGGCCCAGACCCAUGGGUCGGUUUUCCUGGCCGACCCGAUCCGCACAGAUUUAAGAGCCGGGCAUGUUGCCCGCAGGCGUGCCGCAGAGGAUGGCGAUGUUGUACAACCUGUGCUGUACUUGUGAUGAGCGGCGCUUAGUUCCUAAGGGUCACUAUUGAUCCGUUCGGUUGCUGCUAGUUGCUGUUGGUUACGUCGUCGUACAAACCUGGUGAAGUUGGAAACGCUGACACCAACUGGAGUCGACUUUGGAAGUAUGUGACUGAUGACGUUCCUUUGCCGAAGGACUGUACGACGUCUCGGUGCUGUACAUAUGACUGCGAGGAGUAAAUUGCGGCUGUUGUUUACGAUUAGCUCCUGGUUAAUAUGUUAAGGCGAAUUAAGGUUAAUAUGUUCCAUAAGGCGCGAAAAGGGUAUAUAAUGGCUACGCAUGUCUACAGUGUGCGGAGUUUUUGUUGAUGAAGACCUUCUUAGUAUCUUAAUCUUAAGCACGAUGUCCUACACUUGAUGUACGGUACCGUACACAUGUGUAGCGUGGAUGCCAGUGAUGGCAUGUAUCCUGGUAUAUUCUGAUCUUGUGAAUGCGUUGUUCCCGUAGCGUCCUCCGUUUAGCUUGCCGAAAGGCAUUUAGCAGCCGCUUAACUGGCAUGGUUGGGUUCCCUUAGCUCCUUUGGACUUAAUGGCAAUCCUUCGUGGCUUUCGGGCUACCGGUCUUAAUUCUCUAGUCGAUAAGUUUUUCCUUUAAUGGAACAAUCCUUUAUAAGAUGGACCCGUGGGUCUUCGAAUAUGCCCUCUUCAUCGUGUCGUUCGGUUUUGCUAUAUUAUCAGUUCCAGUCCGUAUGCGUGUACGGAUGCCGUACGAGCCAUGGCGGCCAAGGACAUGUCUUCCUGUUGCCUUUUCCUAGCCUAAUUUGGCAAGGACCCCUCAUUAGCCAAUUGCGUUCAUUUUUGGGGCGUAAUUUUACGCGCAUUACCUGCCUACUUGUUUGUUUGACUCUGAAGACGGGUUGUAGAGUGAUGGGGGGACCCCUUGCCAUCCUGAAACCAUUGGGGAUGAGGCAAGGGGAGCUCCGGUACCGGUAUUAACACAAGACCUCUUUGCAGAGGUCGUGUACGGCGAGCAAGCGGCUGUUGGGUUGUGGUGUGUCAGCUUCCGCUGCAUUCGCAUUUUGGUUGGCUUUGCAAGCCCUAGAAACAAGGGUGUCCAACAAUACGACAUUGCAACAGCAUGCGCUUCCAUGACAGCAAGCUGACGGACUGUCCGACUUGAAGAUCAGAUUGCGGUGUGUCUGGACCUUAAUGUGUGUUUAAGCAUCCCAAUGUUUGCUUCCAGACACGUGGUGUUUUUUGUAGUUGCCGUACCAAGGCCGUAUUUGACUGUCGUCAUCGUUGUUUGCGCUGGAACUAUUAUUGACUGCAUUUGACAGUGGCUGACGGCCGAGGGCUACAGGCGUUGACUAAUUGUUGACCCCGGGUGGGAUGUGCAUUCACUUUGGGUAAAGGAAUUAUACGGCCAGCUCAACCCCUAUCUAUGUCCAACGGUUGACUCUAGUGGCAUUGCCGUGCCCUUCCUAGCGGUUGCACCUGUAACAUCAACAUUCA